AUGACUAAUCGUGAUAUUAUCGAUCCUGAUCAAUUAAUAUAUUCUGAAGACCCGCAUCAUCCGGCGAACCUUAUUCCAGAAUUAUGUGGGUUGUUUUAUACUUUAGGUUGGGUCACUGGAACUGGUGGAGGGAUAACUAUAAGGAGAGGUGAUAAUGUAUAUAUUGCUCCAUCAGGCGUACAAAAAGAACGAAUCCAACCACGGGAUCUAUUCAUUCUUUCUUUAAAAACAAAAAUUCCUCUCCGCACUCCCAAACUUUUAAAACCCUCCGCGUGUACACCACUAUUCUACAAUGCAUACACAAUGCGUAAUGCCGGCGCAUGUAUUCACACGCACUCUCAAAACGCUGUAUUAGCUACAUUAAUGUAUCCUGGAGACACUUUUGAAAUUACGCAUCAGGAAAUGAUUAAAGGAAUUAGAAGAGGUAGUACAAAAGAGAAUUUAAGAUAUUUUGAUACGUGUGUCGUGCCAAUUGUGGAAAAUACACCUGAGGAGGAGGAUUUGACUGAGAGAAUGGCAAAGGCGAUGGAUAAGCAUCCGGAGACUAAUGCUGUUCUGGUGCGAAGACAUGGUGUAUAUGUAUGGGGAGAAAGUUGGGAAAAAGCAAAGACGAUGACUGAAUGUUAUGAUUAUUUGUUCGAGAUCUCGAUUAAAAUGAAACAAUUGGGAUUGGAUCCAACUGCGAAACCUAUUGAUAACGAGAAUUUAUAG